UCACUUCUGUUUUGCUCUGUGUCCUCUAUUAACUUAGUUCCACAGCAACAUGGAAAGGGAGAAGAGCUGGAUAUUCUGGUGGUUGAUGCCUUUUAUGUCUUAUUACAUGCUUUAUCAGAAUUGUCUGUCGGAACAGUAUUUCUGUGGGAAUUCAUGCAAUAUAUCAGCUACAAUAAGUCGUAAUCAGGCCGAGUGUUGUAUGAAUUAUACAGAUAAUGUUUUGAAUGGGGGAAACCUCAGUGACACUUUGAGAGCCAUUUGGACUCUAGAGAAGGUUCUAGAGGGAACAGAGGUGAAUGGGAGCAUGCAAUUGUAUGUAAAGACUUUUGUCGCUCUUCUGCACAAACCCAGUGGUCCCUUCGGAGGCCUUGAAAUUUAUGCCAAUGACACAAAGGUAACACCAGAUGUGCCUCUUCUCAACAGUAAAGUCAUUGUCCAGCUGCCAAGAGAACUGGGUGCUGGACCGAAUAACACGUUUGUGUUCUGCAUGUUUAAAUGGCCUGAAACAAAUAAGAGCGUUUUUGAAAGCCCACAUGAAGUAUAUGAUCAAAGACUGGUUGGUCUGAGUGUGCAGGGCAAGAAGAUAUCAGGACUGCAGGAGCGCAUCAACAUCACGAUGGAGUUUACCAAGAAAAUCGACGAAACUCAAAAACCCUCGUGUCAGUUCUUUAAUUAUUCAACAUACACUUUUAGAGAGGAUGGCUGCGUCACACACUGGACACAUCGUCAGAAUAACAUCACCUGUUCCUGCAACCACCUCACAUACUUUGGUAUCCUCAUAAUACCUGAUCCUUCCAUCACAAAGAAAGACCAAGAGAUUUUAACACACAUUACUGUGAUUGGCUGUAGUAUUUCCCUUUUUACUUUGGUCAUAACCAUUUUGCUCUUUAUUACAAACAGAAAACUCAGACAAGAUGUCUCUAUGAAGGUCCACAUCAACCUUGUAAUUGCCCUGAUGCUCCUCAACCUGCACUUCCUGCCCAGUCAGGCAGUGGCAGCAGGGUCUUCCUCUGGACUUUGCUUAUACAUGGCUCUUUUACUUCAUUAUUCUCUGCUAGCCACUUUCAGCUGGAUGGCCUUGGAAGGUUUCCACUUAUAUCUUCUCUUAGUCAAAGUCUUCAACAUCUAUGUCAAGAAAUACCUGCUCAAACUCGGCGUGGUCGGAUGGGGUGUCCCUGCCAUGAUUGUGUCAGUGGUGGUGAUCAUAGACAGAACGUUUUAUGGCCUUACCCCUCUGGACGCAUCUAACUCCUCCAGUACUGCAAUGUAAGAUUUGCCAGCAUGUAAAAUCAAGAAUAAUGAUUCACAUUUUCACAUU